AUGGGCCCGAAACGGUUCAAGACCGGCGGGGUGGCCUCGGCGGGGGCCGCGGACAAGAGCUGGGAGGCCGCGCUGGUGGCUGCCCGCCUCCAGGAGGAUGACUGGAAGCCUAGCAUCGCUUUCGUUGUUGGGACCAACGUUGAGGAUGAAAUCCACACCAAGGCCCUGUCUCUUGCUGUGCAGGUGCCACAGCGGAAGCUCUUCAGUGUGGUAACACGUGAAGACAUUUUCAGACAGAUCAGAGAAUCUGGAAAUCAAAAGGGAAAAAAGGUUAAGGAUGUGCCUAUGUUCUAUGAGGUGAUAGAAGUAGCCAAAGCCAUUCUGGAUCGUGGUGAAGAAAUUCCUGUAACACUAACUGGAAAGCUGUUGAAAUUUCAACUGCUUUGUCGCAAACAGAAGGACCUUCAGAGAAGAGCAGCUGAAAAGAAGGCAGAAGAAGAGCAACAGAAGGAAAAAGAUGGAGGGAAAGAGAAAACUAAACCUCCUGGCAAGAAGGAGAACCUCCUUAGUGCCAAGACAGCUGAGAAAGAAAGAAAAGGAAAAAAGACAGACAUAGGUCCUCUAGCACCAGUCACUGUUAAAAAGGACACGCAAUUGAAGCGACGGGGAGUAGUAGAAGAGGAAGACAAAUACAUUGAUGAUGAACCAGAUGAUGGUGCCGAUCAUUACUUCAUAAUUUUGGAUUUCCACAACCCUCAGCUGUUGCCUGUGAUGUCCGAGCUUGGGAUUAACAUUUCAAGUGUAAUUAGAAUUUCUUCUGAGAAUUAUAAGCCGUUGCAGACAUACUUGGAAGAAACUAAACUUCAGGGAGAAUCUUUACUUUCACCUGAAGUUGUAGAAGCAGAGAAAAGAAAGAAAGAUGAAGCUAUCAAAGACCUGGAAACAUUUUGGAAAUACCUGGAGCCAGUUCUGAACAGUGGAAAGCAUGAAUCACGUCUCUUUGAUGUUGCCAGACUUCAUCACCUAGUUAAGGAGAGUGCCUUUCCCCCUGAUUGGUCUGACAGAGAAAUGCUGCUUGCAUUUGGCACUGCACUGUUUGAGAACAUUGCUUGUUUAAUGUAUGACUGCCUGGACUGGAGAAGACAGCAUUGUAACUACUUGGAAAACACCAAGUUUAUUAAUGUGUCUGCAUUAUCAGGGAGCAAAUCGGCACAACCAUCUGCAACUGAGGUGCAACCAGCAUCACAGCUUACAGCUUCAAAGAAAAAAGGGCAAGCAGAAGAAAUUCUGCCAACAGUAAUUUUGUCACAGGAGGAAGAAGCUUCUUUUUUGGCUACUUCUGUGGACAUGAGGUAUUACAAUGACUUGCUUAGUCAGAUUCCCGAGGAAUACUUUUCUGUACCCUUAAUGCUGAACUGCAUGUUGGAACAGGUUAUUGCAAGUGAAGAAGGCCUUACACCACCUAGUCUGGUGGUACCAGAGCCUCGGGCAGAUGGGCUACAUCAUACCAUUGCAGAUCAUAUAGCCUCUCUCCUUCCUUCUCUUUCACUUCCUGAGAGUGAAAAAAAGAAUCUAUAUGACUACUUUUCUCCUAAAUACAGUGAAAAAAAGACUGUCACCCCCAAGUACCCUCUCUUAUUUAACUACCAUGAUACCCUGGCUCAACGGUUGCACCUGCUGAAGGUCCAGGAGAACUUAAAUCCAGAAAAGAUUGAACGUGAAAUGAUGCAUAAACUGCCUCUUACAGAACUUAUACAUUUCACCCUUCCUUCAACUGAAAACAACACUAAACGCUUGGCCAGAGUUCACGAGCUCAUGCAUUAUUGUACCAGUGAACUUCUGAGUUGGGCUGAAGUAGAAAGAGCCUUCAGAGUGUUUACUUUUGAAAGCCUGAGGCUGACUGGGCUGAGUGACUCUGGUCUCCUGGAGAGCUCUGGAUCUAUGGUUGGAGGUGAUUCUGAAGUGUCUUAUAUCCCUUGGGAUAAUCCAGCCAGGUUUGCAAGACAGCUGAGACAACUCUUCCUUAUGGAAAAGAAGCUUAAUGGGAAAUCUCCAAGAGGUUCUGGACAUACAGAAACAAAUGGCAAAGGUGGAAGAGAUGAUCUGACUGAUCCUGUUUUGAACAAAGAAUUAGAUCUUCUUAUUUCUGAUAUGGUGAGUCCAGAAAAUUGUGGCCUAGGACCAAGCUUAGAAGAAAUAAAAAAGACACAGAGACGUUGUUUGACAGACUGGAGUUUCGCUGAGCAUUUUCAACCCCAUGUUCUUCUUCAGGUUCUUCAUACUGCAUCCCAAGAAUAUAGAUGUAUUGAUUCCUUUUAUCAUGCCCAAGAUAAGUCUUUGCUAAUCAUUCUUCACAAUCCUAUGAAUCAGUAUCGUUUGUGCCAAAAGACUUGGGAUAUUGCAUUGCACUCUAAUGUUGGAUUCAGGAACUAUCUCGAGCUGGUGGCCAACUCAAUUGAAGACUGGGUGAAAGAGGAAGAAGUCAAAUACCAAGAAGAGAAGAUGGCUAAGGAAAUAGAGUUUCUUAAACUGAAAAAAGCCAUGGCAGAAGGACCUUCUGAAUUGUCUGCAUGUGCUGUGAAAAAAACUGGCUUCCCUAAGAAAGCUGAAAGCAGCACAUCAGGACCUGAGAGCGUAACGGAGACCAUUCCAGAAUCUCAGUCCAACAAUGAAAAAAGUCCUUUUGUCAGAGAAGGUUCUCUAAAGUUUCUUGGCUACAAUACAGGGGAGGAUGUCAUUCAAGUAUCAGGAACUAGUCAAUAUCUUUUCCCAUGUGAUGGAGGACAGAUUCAAGUAGAGAAGAUAGAGUUUGUAAAAGGUCUAACUUUGGUAAAGGUGAAAGUGAUAAAAGACAACCACAAUUUCUUCAUUCAUAUCACAGACCCCAAGAAGAACUUAAAAGAAAUCGAAGUGCAAGAAAUUAAUGAAGAACAGAAAACUAGAUCAGGAAAAUUGAAAAAUCAAAAGAAAGCUGUGAGCAAGUUUGGAUCUUUUUCAGCCACCUUGGAAAAUGGAAUCCAGCUGUCCCUGAGCUAUUAUGGACCUACAGGGAAGACAGCAGAUGAUAAACCAGAUCCUGUCUUAGCAAGAAUUCUGGAUGUCCCUUCUGUUCAUAUUCCGACCAUAAUUUCUCCUGUUACAUCAGCUUCAGGAAAAAAAGAGAAGUCCGUCAAACAGAAAUCAGGAAAAUCUCUGUCAUCUACAAAAGCAAGCCAUGGCAAAAUAGGCCCUGCACCAUCUGAUGACCCAGUAAAGCAAGAAGAAGGAAAGAUGGAAAUGGAAGAAUCAGCUUCCCAAACACAAGUGAUGUCAAAUGCUCGUGCUUUCCCAAGUUUGAACGUCUCCUGUCCCAAUGGACUAGUAUUAACUUUCCUUGGUGAAAGUUUUGGAGAUUUGAAAGGUGAAGCCACUACAGCUGAAGCUAAGAAAGAGGUGGUAAAAAAGAGGGAGGCUGAAACAGAUGAAGCCAAGGAAGAGGAGUUUGGAAAAGGUGAGGCCAAAGCAAAUAAAGCAAAAGAGGAAGAGGUUAUGGAAAGUGGAGAGAAGGAACAUGAGGUUACAGAAGGUGAAAUAAAGCAUGAAGACACCAAAAGAGAACAGGCCAAGCAGCCUACUCCGGAUAUUUUGGUUAGACAGAGUUAUCCCCAAAAGGUAAAGAACUCUCAUCUCUAUAUGUCUGUGGCAAGGCAAACAGAACAAGAGGUGUCAAGAGUCAUCACCAGUCAAGGAACUGUCAUAAAGUACAUGAUGGAUGGAUCUACCCAGAUUCUGUUUGCUGAUGGCACAGUGAGUAGGAGUCCUGAUUCUGGUCCUGUCCUACCACCACCUACAAUUCCAGAUAACAUGCAACUGUUACCAGAAUCAGAGCCUUCACCUGAGACCAGCACUAAGAAAGGGAAAGGCAGUGACAGAAACAGCGUAUCACACCCAAACAAGGAUGAGUUCUUUGAAAAUACUGUGCAGGGUCUGGUUAAUUCUGAGCAACCUAAGGAGAACCCGGCAGGAACCUGGAUAACAACUACGCCAUCAGGCAUUCGAGUGGGCACGGAGGGAGGAAAGAGAAUGGAUCUGAAACCAGUCUUAAUCUAUCAGGCAACUGACCCAGCUGAUGGAACGGUAAUGACUGUACGAGAUGAUGAAGUGAUAAUUGUUGAGAAGCUGGAUGGCAGCAGAGUAGUAGAUCAUGCUGAUGGUACUAGGAUCACAACUUUUUAUCAAAACUGUGAAGAACUUUUUGUACCAGAGGAUAGUGAGGAAACAGAUGAACCCUCGGAAGCCGUCACAAGGAAGGUGAAAUGUAUGCAAGUAGAGAAUCCUGAGUUUGCUACUGUUAUAAUAAAUUGUGAGGACGGUACCUGUUGUACCAUCUUUGGAGAUGGGACUUCUAUUAUAGCAAAGCCACAGGGAACAUAUCAGGUUUUACCCAAGAAGACAAGCUCUCUUUUCAUUGAUGAAGAUUGCUCAGCAGUUUAUACCCAUGAAGUUUACAAUUUCAUCAGCAAGAAAGAAGAGAAACAAGCAGGGAGAUACAUUAUGAAACACACUUCUAGCACUAUUUGUGAGAUGAUGGAUCCCGAAGGAAAUCUUUUUAAGGUCAUGGCUGAUGGCAGCACAUCUGUGUGUGUUCCUAGCAUUGGCUCUCAUGACAAGGAAGACAGAAGUUCAGCAUCAGCACUCCCAGAAGUUAACAAACCUAUCACUUAUGAUGAGCAUGUCCCCAGGUUCUUCAUUGUCUACGCGGAUGGUUCUGGAACUGAGCUCCUGCGGAGCAGGGAUGUACACCGGUAUCUUGCCGAAGCCUGUAGUGAUCCCACUGCUGCUGUCUUGCAGGAUCCUGUACAAGAACGUCCAGGUGUUUUAAGUAUUACUAUCCUCCGCCCUUUGCCUGAAGAAUCCCCCUGGGUAAUGAAGAAAGAACCAGAGAGUAUUGUUCCUCCAAAUCUUCAGUCAAGGACCUGGGACACAUUUUCUCCUCUUGAGAGGAAGAUCACGGGUCCCUCAGUCAGAACAUGUAGUUGGAGAGGUCUCUGCAUUGGAUCCAAAGAGCAGACGUGCUUGCCAGUACCUGUGCGAAAAUGUCCUAAUAAACUGCAAAUCCGUCAGCUAUUCCAAUAUGAGCCACUCAGUGAUGAACUAAGAGAAAAGCUGCAGCUUUCCCUUAAGGAAUAUAUAGACAACAUUUUAAAGCAGGAAAAUGAGCUGGAAGAAAUGAAUGUAAAAGAACCAAGAACAGAAGAGGAAAAGGAGAACGCUGCAAGUCUCCUUGAACUGGUUAUGUCCUUCCCUAACUGGGAGAAGUCAACUGAAAAUCUCAGUGAUACAGCUCACAUAACUGAUCUGUAUGAACAGGCAGUGGCUUCUCAUCGCCAGUGUCACACAGAGAAGACGAUCACUAUGCAAAGAGAGGACCAACAGCAGAGGUUCAGCCCAGAAGGAGUAACACCAGUGUCCAAGUGGCAGAGCAGACUAGAAGAGCACAGGAAGGAACUUGAUGAAGAAAAGAAGUCCUUAACGGCAAUAAGAAACAAAAUAAUUCCUCCGUAUUUUGAAUCAGAAUUCGGCAAGUUUUUCCCAAAAAAGUUUCCUGAUGUGGAAGCACUGUCUAUGGAACUUCCUCCAGUUCGAAAAAAAGAAAGUGGGAAUUUCCCUCUUGAGAUGAUCAGAAAACCCAGUAGAGCAUCUGAAUGUCUCGAUACCAUAAGUGAUUCCUCACCUUUACCUGGUCUUCUGCUGCAGGCUCAUUCCAAACAAAAUGAAGGUUCCAGGAGCACAACAGACCUAAACAAGGCUGCAAGAUCACAGGAGACACCCUUUCAACGUAAAGUUCAGAGUCUGCUGGUGAAUGCUGCAGGACAGCCAAGAAAAGAGAAGGUGAAAUUACCAUCAUCCCUUCAGGGGAGAAAACCAAACUCCAUACCAAAUAAAAAGGUGGAAGAUCCUGUUGCAGGAAACGUCAACACAUCUUCUCUUGCAACAACAAGACAGCAUCUUAGUGGCUUCCAUCUCAUUCCACCCAGAGUGAUACUUGGAGUGCUAAAGGAAGGCUGCACCUAUGCAGCCACUGUGAUCCUGAAGAAUGUUGGUGUGAACUUCUCAAGGUUUCGGGUAAAGCAACCACCUCUGCACACAGGACUGAGAGUGAUGUACACACCAGGACCUGUGGCAGCAGGCUUGCAGGUUGAACUGGAGAUAGAGAUUUUUGCCAUGGUAACUGGAGGGGAAGAUGCUGGUGGCCUUGAAGAAGUUUCCCAUGAUAUUGAAAUAUUAACAGAAACAGAGACUCUUCUCCUGCCUGUGAGAGCAACUGUGUUAACCAAUGACAUUUAUGAAUGCCGCCCACAAGGAUACCCCCAGGGUGGGAUGGCAGCAACAGUCCGGGCAGUUCCCGCAAGCCCCAAGCCACGGUUCCGGAUUACACUACCCCGAAAGCUUUCUAGUUAAUGUAAGUAUUGGAUGCAGUGAUACCAGCCGUAAAUUAAAGUACAGUUGUUUUACCUCCUCUUGGCUUCUGAUCCACGUCAACUCAUGCACACAUCACACAGACAUGAUAACCUGAGACAAGAAAAGGGAAGCACUGGAUGACACUAACCAAAGGACUCGCUGCAAGAGAUCUACGGGUUACUACAACUGCUCAGCUCAGUGGAGGCACUCACAGCAGAGCCUCCCCUGUCCUGUCCCAAAUCCUUCACUUAACUGUCCUCACAUUAAAUAAGUCAUUGAGCCUCCUGGCAGCAGGAGGCUGGAUUUAUUGCAGUUAAGCCCUAAUAAAUCACCCUCUCUUUAACACUCUUCACUUUCUAAAACCCAAGUCUUACUGCUGACCCUUUGACACUGACAGCAAGUCUAAUAAGGGACAGGAGUCUUAGCGAUAGACAGGGCAAGCAACUUUAACAUAAGUUCCAGCUCACACAACCCUCUGCACACAUUGUUUCAUACAGCACAUUUCUGUAACCUUAGAGAAUCAGACUAUACAGAGAAUGGGUAAGUCCUCCCUGCAAACAAGAAAGCCUUACAGGGAAUUUCUCCUCAAACCACCAGCCAACAUGUUUAACAUUAGGCUGAUGUUUCAUCUCACCCAUAUCAGCUCAGGUGCUCCACAAUACAGUCAAUGGUGACAGUUCAUAAACAGGAACCCUAUGGAUGUUUCUUCUCUCCUCAGCUCAGGAGUCCCCAUUUGCCUCAUAUGUGUAGCACUGACAUCAUCUUUUUCUUUCAACUUUAACAUCUGUAAGUCUGCCAUGUUAUCUAACAAGUCAGUAAAGAAAUCCCAGCUGUAUCUCAUUUCCUCUCCUCUGGAGAAAAAGAAAAGUGACCACAUCAGUCAGUUCUCAAAGGAAACUUUGCAGAGAAACAUGCACCUCUGACUGCUGCAUCUGCUCUAGGACUGCCCACAGUACAUCAAACAUAGCUUUUUCCUUUUCCAGUUUUUUACUCCCAGAGUAACAUGCAAUUAUAGUCUAGAAGAACAGCAAAUCUAAUGCCUUCCAGCUUAGGGGCUUACAACCUGGAGCUCAUCAGUGAAGGCAAUUUAGACAAACUUCUCUCACUUUGUGUUGAAAUGGACCCAGUCAGUUCACAUUUCAGUGAGACACCCCCCUGUCCCAACAGAAAUUCCCAUCAGUGUCAUCUCCCAUUAAAAGCUCCAAGUGGAGAGAAAUUAACUACAUGGUACUCCCACGUGGCUAAUCCAGCUAAUCGCAGUUGCCAUCACCAUAGCCAAAUCUCCCUUCUGUUCUGACAAAGUCUUUUUGUGAAUUAAUUGAGAAUUCCUACUGAAGCUGACUACAGCUACCCCAUCCUAGCCAAGCAACUGUACCAAAUGCGUCUUCAAACAAUCCUUCCCACAAAAUCUCCUGGACUCAAAAGCAUAUCCAGCUCAAACAUGUCAAGGAACUCUGGACUGGUUGGUUUAGUCUUACAAAACAUGAAACGCCUAGGUUAAGUCCUGUAUUUGGUUAAACAGUCUUGUUCAACCAUCCAGAACAGAAACAACUAGUUAAGUCUCUGCAGAGGCAGUGUGACAAUUUUUAAGUUCAUAUCACCUUUCCCAGGUGCUUAUCACCAGAGCCAAUGAUUCUCUCCACUGAGACCUAGAAACUUCCCUGCAAUAUUAGACUUGAUCACAAACUUGCCACACCUCCUAAUAGAGACCAAAAAGCAGAAAUCACUGAUGAAGCAUCACCUGACCAAACUAGUCAUAUUUCGUUUAUAUUUUCUUAGUUAUUUCUCAUUUAUAUUUGUGAAAUUUUUAAAAGACUCUCUUAAUAUACUCAAAAUUAAAUGCUGCAUAGGAAGCUGCUCAUGAAAGCCUUCAGUAUU